UUCAACACCGUCAAGGGCUACGGCUUCAUCACGCCCGACAACGGCGGCGGCGACGUCUUCGUGCACCAGACGCAGAUCUACGCCCGGGGGUUCCGCUCCCUCGCCGAGGGCGAGAACGUCGAGUUCGAGAUCGAGAUGGACCAGAACGGCCGCGAGCGCGCCGUCUCCGUCACGGGCCCGGAGGGCGACUACGUCCAGGGCGCGCCGCGC